AUGGCGCCAGAACACGGUGCAGCCGCUCACCAGCAGCCCCUCCCGGGCAACGACAAACGCACUUCUCGUGUCACUCAGCCCACCGCCACGACGCGCUCUCUUCCCACACCGUCCCAGCAACGUAUGGCGGAGAUGGAGGAGAGUGAUUAUGCCAUGUGUUGUUCCCAUCUCGCGGUUCCAGUCGCAAUUCUGUUGAACCUAUUCCAACCUAUGAUGUUCUAUGCUUUCAACGCCCAUUCCCUCCUCACUGCGGUACCUACCUGCACCAGCAUCAGAGAAGAGGAUGACUCCUACAUCUUUAAAGUUCAAGGCCUUUCGGACAUGAUGCGCGGCGACGAGGCGGUGCCAUUCAACAUUCGGUACGGCGCAACAAUAGGGUGUCAGUCUUUUGAUGGAAGCUGUUUCUGCGAUACCGACACUCUUCGUCAGCCCAACUUUACCUUCCUCCACAUCGAUAAUCUACCCUCUGGUCUUUUCCCGCUGGACCCUCCAUCCCCAGCUUCUUAUUCCGCAGUCAUGCAUCUGCAAAUCCAAGUUUCCAUCUGGCUGAUGGCGGCACUCGUCAUGAGUCGGCUGAUCCACGACCGGCCUAAUCGACAGAACGUAUUGCUCCACCUCUUCCGCUUCGGCUUCUUCCUCAUCACCUUGAGAGAGCUGGUGCAGCUCUGGUACUUUCCAUCUUCCUCGACGGUGACCGAGUUCAAGGGACUGCUCGUCAAAAACUGGCGUGAAAUCUCCAAAGGCUCCAUGACGUUCCACGAGGGGAUCCUGGUCACGCACCAAACUUUCAUAACUACAGCUCUGGCUACAUGGGUCCCAUUGCUGCUUCUCAUUGCCGAUAUUGUGUGCACCGCGUACUCAUGGGUGGAAAAUCUGGUUGAGCGCUGGAGCAACAAGGACGCUACAUUUUAUCAGAUUGCCGGUGACAAGAGAGAGCACGUCUGAAUGACAUGAAGACCGGGUGAUAAG